CUGCUGUGUGGAUGAAGUAGCAGCCCAGCACGUGGGUGCCGAGGCAGUGCUGCACUACGGCCCGGCCUGCCUCAGCCCCUGCCUCUACCCCGACCGGCAGAGCCGCGUGGUGGUGCUGAGCGAUGUAGUCUAUGCCCACGCGAUGGACGAGCUGGAGCAGCAGUUGUGCCCCGAGUACCCCAAUAUCAUCUUCUCCAGGGUGGUGUGUGGGGACCUUCCUGGCCCUGUGCCGCCUGGGGAGGUGAGGCAGUUUGGUCGCCAGUUCCCGGUGGAGGCACCAGGAGGGCUAGAGGACUGUGCUGUGUUCUACGUGGGAGCUGAGGGCCUGGCCCUCACCAGCUUCAUGCUGACCUGGAACCGCUGCCCCUUCAGCUCCUUUGAUCCUGUCCCCGGCUGCGCCCGCCGUGAGACUUUCAACGUCAACCGGGCCCUGAUGCGCCGCCUCUACCUGGUGGAGCGGGCCCGGGACGCCCACGUGGUGGUCAUCGUGAUGGGCACCCUCGGUGUGGCGGGCUGCCUGGCCGUGCUGGAGCACCCCCGGGAGCUGCUGCGCCGGGCUGACAAGCGCAGCUACACGCUGGCUGUGGGGAAGCCAAACCCCACCAAGCUGGCCAACUUCCUGGAGGUGGACAUCUUUGUCUUGGUUGCCUGCACUCAGAACUCCUUGCUGGACGCCAGUGACUUCUACCGGCCUGUCGUGACCCCCUACGAGCUAGAGCUGGCCU